AUGACCGGCUCCUGCUGCUCCCCUUGCUGCCCACCCCCCUGCUACAGCACCACCUGCUGCAGGACCACCUGCUGGAAACCAGCCUGUGUGUCCUGCUGCAGCAGCGCCCCCUGCUGCCAGCCCAGCUGCUGCCAGCCCAGCUGCUGCCAGCCCAGCUGCUGCCAGCCCAGCUGCUGCCGCCCCAGCUGCUGCCAAACCACCUGCUGCAGGACCAGCUUCCAGCCCUCCUGUGCCACCAGCUACCACCGCACACCCUGCUGCCAGCCCAGCUGCUGUGUGGCCAGCUGCUGCCAGCCCUGCUGCCAGCCCAGCUGCUGCAGGCCCAGCUGCUGCAGCUCCCCCUGUGGACAGGCCGGCACCUGCACCCCUGUCUACUGCACCAGGACCUGUUACCACCCCACCUGCAUCUGCCUGCCCAGCUGCUGCCCGCCUACCCGCCGCCUGGCUUGCUGUGAGCCCAGCUGCUGCCGCCCAUCCUGCUGUGUGUCCAGCUGCUGCCAGCCCUCCUGCUGCUGA